GCGGUCAGAAUUCUCUCUACGGACCACCGCGGAGGCGCUGUUUCUGUUCCCGAGGUCAUCACCGCAGCAACAUGCCCGAGCCAAAGAAAGCCGUGUCCGCCUUCAGCAAGAAGCCCACCUCGCUGGAGGUAGCCGCCGGCUCAGCGGCCGAGUUCGUGGCCGAGACGGCCAAGGUCGGAGCCAAGGUCAAGUGGCAGCGAGACGGCAAGGAUGUGGCGGCCGGCGGUCGCGUGUCCGUGCAGGCCGAGGGCAGCCGCCACACGCUGAAGGUCGACGCGGCCGCCGCGGAGGACGCGGGCUCCUACGCCGUGGUGUGUGGCACCUCCAAGGUCAAGUUCGAGCUCAAAGUCAAGGCUGCUGCUGCGGCGGUGGAGGAGGAUACUCCGGUAGCUGCCCCUGCAGCCAUGGACGCGUCGCCUGCACCAGCGGAGGCGAACGGAGCUCCAGAUCAGAGCGCAACUGCGGCGGCCAAUGCUAACGGUGCCCCAGCGAGCGACGGAGACGCGCCCGCGCCGGAAUUAAAUCCUGAAGACAUGCUCACAGGAGAAGCGCUGGUUAUGGCGCGCAAACUCUCUCUGGCGAGAUGCAACACUCCAGAGGUGGCGGAAGGGGAGCGGCGCCAGGAGCUGACCGGCCUCUUCCUGGAGAAGCCCGUGUCCACGGUGAUCAACAUGGGAGGAGACGCGAUGUUUGUGGCCAAGGUGCACGCCGAGAGCCUCUCCAAGAAGCCGUCGGUCAAGUGGUUCAAGGGCAAGUGGAUGGACCUUGCCAGCAAAGCCGGCAAGCACCUGCAGUUCAAGGAGAUGUAUGACCGCAACACCAAGGACUUCACGUUUGAGAUGAAGGUGAUCGCCGCAAAGGAGAACUUCAGCGGCUCCUACCGAUGCGAGGUGUCGAUGAAGGAUAAGAUCGACAGCUGCCCCUUUGACAUCACGGUCGAGGAAGCGCGGGACAGCGCACAGGUGCUCGACAUCCGCCAGGCGUUCCGCCGAUCGAGCGUCAUGGGAGAUGACGCAGGAGAGUUGGACUUCAGCGCCCUCCUCAAAAAGAGAGAGCUGAAGGAGGUGCAGGAGACGGGUCCCGACGAGGACGUCUUCAACCUGCUCAAGAGCGCCAACCCGCACGACUACGAGAAGAUCGCCUUCCAGCACGGCAUCACCGACCUGCGCGGCAUGCUGAAGAGGCUGCGGCGCAUGAAGGCCGAGAAGACCAAGAGCGCAGCCUUCCUCAAGAAGCUCGACCCGGCAUACCAGGUGGACAAGGGCUCCAAGGCGCGCUUCGUGGUGGAGAUGAACGACCCCAACGCAGAGGUCAAGUGGCUCAAGAAUGGCCAGGAGAUUCGGCAGAGUGGAAAGUACAUCAUGGAGACCAAGGGCAACCAGCGCAUCCUCGUCAUCAAGAACUGCAACUUGGCCGACGACGCCGCCUACCAGGUGAUGGUGGGCGACGAGAAGUGCAGCACGGAGCUCUUCGUCAAAGAGCCGCCUGUGGUCAUCACGCAGGGCCUCGACGACCACUCCGUGCUGGUCGGGGAGCGCGUGGAGAUGAUGUGCGAGGUGUCCGAGGAGGGAGCUGCCGUCAAAUGGAUGAAGGACGGCGUGGAGCUGACCCGCGAGGAGACGUUCAAGUAUCGCUUCAAGAAGGACGGCACUCGCCACUGCCUCAUCAUCAACGACGCCACUAAGGAGGACGCUGGCCGCUACAGCGUGCGCACAAACGGCGGCGAGUCCAUGGCUGAGCUACACGUCGAGGAGAAGCAGCUGGAGGUGCUGCAGAGCAUCGCGGAUCUGACCAUCAAGGCCCAGGAGCAGGCCGUGUUCAAGUGCGAGGUGUCCGACGAGAAGGUGACGGGGCGGUGGUUCAAGAACGGCGUGGAGGUGAUACCCACCCCGCGCAUCAACGCCACGCACGUGGGCAGGAUUCACAAGCUCACGAUCGACAGCGUGACAGAGGCCGACGAGGGCGACUACACCUUCGUGCCCGACGGUUACGCCAUCUCGCUCUCCGCCAAGCUCAACAUGCUGGAGGUGAAGAUUGACUACGUGCCAAGGCAAGAACCGCCCAAGAUCCACCUGGAGACGAGCGACAAGAUGCAGCAGAAUACCAUCGUGGUGGUGGCGGGGAACAAGCUGCGCCUGGACGUGCCCAUCACCGGGGACCCUGCGCCCAAAGUCAUCUGGCAGAGAGGAGACCAGGGCAUCUGCACGAUCGCUGGCCGCGUGCGCGUCGAGUCGUUCCCGGACCACAGCACGUUCGUGAUCGACUGUGCAGAGCGCGGGGAUCAGGGCGAGUACUCCAUCACCGUGCAGAACGAGGCCGGAGAAGACAAGGCCGACAUGCACAUCAAGGUCGUGGACGUGCCGGACCCCCCAUUGGCUCCCACCAUCGGAAACGUGGGCGAGGACUGGUGCUUUGCCAAGUGGUCACCCCCCGAGUACGACGGGGGCCUGCCCAUCCUGGGCUACGUGAUCGAGCGCAAGAAGAAGCAGAGCUACCGCUGGAUGAGGCUGAACUUUGACCUGUGGAAGGAGCUGGAGUUCGAGGCAAAGAGGAUGAUCGAGGGCGUCUCGUACGAGAUGCGCAUCUACGCCGUCAACGCCAUCGGAAUGUCACAGCCCAGCUCACCGAGCCGCCCCUUCGUGCCCAUCGCCCCCACGGGGGAGCCCACGAACGUGAGUGUGGAGGACGUCACCGACACCACCGUGACGCUCAAGUGGCGCGCGCCGGAGCGCAUCGGCGCCGCGGGGCUCGACGGAUAUCGCAUCGAGUACCGCAAGGAAGGCACGGAGGAGUGGGUGGUGGCGAACCCGGACCACCUGACGGAACGCACGGGCUACACGGUGAAGGGGCUGCCCAUGGGCGAGAAGCUGCACUUCCGCGUGACUGCGUGGAACGCCGCCGGCCCCAGCAAGCCCGGCCUCACCAACCAGGCGGUCAUCGUGCGCGAGGUCGUGGAGCGACCCAAAAUCCAGAUGCCCCGUAACCUACGUCAGGUGUACAUCAAGCGCGUGGGAGAGACCAUCAACGUCCUCAUCCCUUUCCUGGGUAAGCCCAAGCCAAAGGCGACGUGGAAGAAGGACGGCGAGCCGGUGGACAUCAAGCACGUGAGCGUGCGCAACAGCGACACGGACAGCAUCCUCUUCAUCCGCAAGUGCACGCGCGCUGACUCGGGCAAGUAUGAGCUGAGCGUGCAGAUCGACAACCUCGAGGACAAGGCCAUCCUCGAGCUCCAGGUCAUCGAAAAGCCCGGUCCGCCGCUCGCCAUGAAGAUCCUGGACAUCUGGGGCUUCAACGUGAACCUGGAGUGGAAGCUGCCGACCGACAACGGCAACUCGGAGAUCACCGGCUACACGGUGCAGAAGGCCGACAAGAAGACGAUGGAGUGGUUCACCAUGGUGGAGCACUACCGGCGGACGAGCUACACGGCCUCCGACCUCAUCAUGGGCAACGACUACUUCUUCCGCGUCUUCGCCGAGAACAUGUGCGGCCUGAGCGAAGAGGCUGGCAACACCAAGAACAGCGCCUACAUCCAGAAGACCGGCUCGACGUACAAGCGGCCGCCCUACCAGGAGCACGACUUCAUGGAGGCACCCAAGUUCACGCACCCCCUCGUCGACCUCGUCGCCGUCGCCGGCUACAACGCCACGCUCAGCUGCUGCAUCCGCGGGAACCCGCGGCCCAAGAUCAUAUGGUUCAAGAACAAGGUGAACCUGCAGGAGGACCCGCGCUACCGCAUGUUCGGGCACCAGGGCGUGUGCACGCUGGAGAUCCGCAAGCCCGGCCCGUACGACGGCGGCGUCUACACCUGCCGCGCCAUCAACUCGCUCGGGGAGGCCGAGGCCGAGUGCAAGCUGGAGGUCAAAGUGGCCCAGGAAUUGGCGCGCGGCUAAGUGGCGCCGCGCGCACCACAAGGCACGCCCAGCCUGCUCUCCCUCAUGCUGCUGGGGAUGCCGAUCACCUACGGCGAUCUCGACGAUGACAUCUUGACCCUGGAGUUGCCCGCCAAGCUGGGAGUCUGACGGGGGCAGAUCCGCCCACGACGAUGCUGCACCGCACAGCAAAAGAACCGCAACACACAGCCAUGAAGGCCGACUUCACUUUUUGUAUUUUACCCCAAAACCCCAGUUUUAAUCCAGACACGCCCUAAUUGAUGCGUGAAAAAUCCCAUUAUCUCUUUGCCUGAACGUUUGCACGGAUAAGAGGAGUCAAAUCGGAAGUGGCACAAAAUACAUCCGUUCAUCCGAGCCUUUGCGUGGAUGAUUAGCCCAGAUCUGUCCCCUGGAAGAAAUUAAUCCUUCCUGUCUUCGCCUAAAUGGGGGGGAUAAAAAGGAGCAAAUGAAUUCAGACAAUGAGGAUCUGUCCCUCGGAGGCACCCCCUCCCACCCACAUUAAAGUGGAUUCGAGAAGGGUCAACACUUAGGAAAGUGGUGUAGGUUAUUAUUCUGGUGAACCUUAUCUACGCACGUAUCAACUCGACUUGAAUGCGUUUAAACUCAAUGUUAAUGGCACUACUUAAAAUCGUUGAUGUACUCGGAGAGUACCUGAUUGGCUUUCAACUGCUGGAUGAAGACCUUCACAUUUUUCCAAAAGCAUUCCAUCCUGAACAAGGAUGAGCCGGAGAUGAUUUUGGAAAUGUGAAUUUUGGUGAUGCGGUGAAUUUGAUGAUGCGGUGCGGAGGCUGUCUGUAUUACCUAAUCACGCUGCACUUAUUGCCUUUAUAGGACACACGUACACGUUUUCUUGAGACUCCUGUUUUUCUCAGAUGCAUGAGGAGGAGCCGGAUGGCACAAACUAUGCAUGUUGACGCACGGUAGUGAACGUGGCACCCUCAAAUUUUUUUUAUUUUAUUUAAGAUAAAUGUUCUUCUUUCUGGUAAGAAGGCAGAGCACGAGAUGAAAAGGGAAGGACUGGGCCACACAGUACAAUAAAUAGAUCACGAAAUAGAAUAGGCCUUGCAUGUUUAUGACUGCACGCUUAUCAUAUUAAGAACAAUAAAUAAACAUCCAUAAUAGAGGUUUUUUUGGGUUAGAUAGCGUAAAAAUAAUGUCGUUAAACCCGCCACCACCAAACCUACAAAAUCUUGUGGGUUUACUCCUCAACACACAAGCGGUGUGCUGAACUAGUAACUAAUUGGCAUGUUUUGUUUACGUGACAAACUUUACCAAUUGGCUGUGUCAGGUGGUGGCGGGUUUAACGACACAUUUAUAUUUACGCCAUCUAACAAAAAACAUUAUGGAUCACAGAGAUUUGUAGGACUCUUCCUCUAUUGGGUUUUAAUUCUAAGAUGUUUUCAGCCAAUUUAUGAGUCAUCCAUAUUUCUGUACAUUUUCAACGUUGCAUACCAUACUUGCUGGGGGACGACGGUAUAGACGGAUAUGCGAAUAAGGUCGUAUUAGAGAACAUGUAGAGCAAAUGACUGCUAAGACCACCGUGUACCAACGCCGCACUGAGUGUGGGCGCUUAAUUGGUCGGGUAGGAUCUGUGACGCUUAGGUAUGCGUCCUGAAUUACAUGCGGCCCUCUAACCACAACUUUAACAACACAUAUUUGACACGAAACAUUUUGCUGGCAGCGUCACUCCCACUGGAAUCCGAAGAGUAAUGAAUCGGAUUGAAAAGCACUAUGCUUGUUUGAAAUGAAGCACUCUGAUCGCGUAACUCGCCGACUUGCAACUCAACCGCUUGAUCGAAUUAAAUUAUAUUCACUGUGUCCCAAAAUGCAUUUAUUCGGGGUGGGUGGGGGGUGUGUGGGGACAACUACGUUAAGGCACGUACAGGUAUGUUUUUUUGUUUAAUCCUGGUCGCUCGUAUGAUAUUAGUUAUUGUUGGGUAGGACAUAAACCAGUGUUUGUCCGCCCUAUCAAUAUGCACUUGUAAUUCAAAUAAGGGGCACUUUCUCACGUGCAAAAAAAAACCCACAGCGAAGAAUAGGAAAACCCCAGUACAGUAACUGUGUGUGAUGCAGGCUGCUUGCUACUGCAGUGCGUGCGCACUUAUCGAGAGCAAAAGCGACAAAGUGCGGCCAACUCAAGGCACGUGGUCAGAAGGUGUGCCUCGUCUGGGAUGAGGAUUGCCUGGCGCUUGUACGUUUCAUUCGUCCAAUGCUACGGGAUACACAGCGGCAAUAAACGUAUUUAAAAUACGUGAAAUCGAACGGA